CCUCUCCCCCUGUCCACUGGAAAACAGUUUUAUCUACCCACAGAUCUAUGCGCGUUGAAAUUCAAGAUGGCUGCCAACAUGACCUAGCAAGUUUUUCGCACGAAAUUUAGGCCCAUUUGAUUGAAAUGAAACUGAGAGCUGUCUUGAAUAGGCGCAGAGAAGUGCUUGAAUUGUCAGGGGAUGCAAUAACCUUGAGUCAUUUCCGACAAGCUGUCCAAAGAAAAUUUGUCUUGAGAGAAAGCAGUUUUCAUCUGAGCCUGAAUGGCCAAGAUGUUUUGGAGAAUGACUCGUUACUCCUCACAGACCUGGGAAUAGUAAAUGGUGACUUGAUCCACGUUCUGUGCAUCAGAGAUGAGCUCGAGGAAGAAACUACAUAAGAUAACCUCGAUACACCUGGCUCCUCAAAAUCGACUGCACAAAUUAGUCAUACACCCUCUUGUCAUACAUUUUCCACAGAACCAGUAGCUGGUCCAUCAGAGGUGAGGUCAGUGUUGUCUGCGCAUAAAGAACAACAUGAUGGACAGAGCAAAGGAAAAACCAGAAAUGCAGAAGCUGAAAAGGUUCAGCAUUGUCCAGGAUCUUUUACAUCUGUGUCAAGUGUAGGAUCUGUGUCAUCAGUCAGAUCUCUGGUUCUUUGUCGGGAGGGAAUACCACCAAUGUUAGACGACUUGUACAGAGCUGCAGAGGUUGGAACCAUUCAUGAGGCAGCAUGGGUUGUAAUCCAUGUUUUGAUGUUAGAGACUGGCUUCAUCUGUGGAUCAGAGGAAUCAGCAGAAAGGGAAGAAACAGAGGAAUUGAACAAAGCUGUGCCCUCCAAGAUAUGGAAUAAAGGAGGUGUUGUAAAAGUGAUGUACACACAUCCAUCUUGUCCUGGUUUAACCUGCUCCCUGACGUGCACCUCUCUAGGACCUUAUAUGAUGCUACAUGGUCUAGCUAAUUCAGUUGAAAAAAGUGACAUAUAUCAAUGCAAGUUACAACCUACUGACUUUGUCAGGGGAAGUGUGGAUCUCAAAACAAGUGGAGCCUCCUCAGUAUAUUAUAAUCUUCAUCGACUGUCAAGACUGUACAAGGAUCAAGUUGCAUAUCCAUUGUUGUCCUUUAUGAGGGCUGCUGAUGAUUCUUGGAAAUCUUCCAGUUCAGAGCAUCAUAAAUGUCUCCCGCACUUGCCGAGAAUUGAGAUCUCUUUCAAGUGAUUCCACAUUAUGGCAACACCUUGCGUUUAGAGAUUUUGGUGUAAGUGUUAAAGAGCAGACCAGAAGUUGGAAGGCAACAUACAUUCAUCUGUACAAACAAAGGAAAACCCAGGAGCAAAUGAGAAUGCAGGUUAUGGUACCACCUCAUAGAAUAUACCCCCCUGGCUAUAGUUUAGGCACACAGCCUUACAGGGGGGACCCAUUUCCACCUGGUAUGUUAGGUGGGCACAAUGAUCUUUUCCCUAAUCUGCCAUUUAUGCCUGGUGGCAUUAAUCCAACUCCAGGCGUCUCUCCAGGGACUGGUCUGCCGCAACCUCGAUUUGACCCCUUUGGUCCAUUACCUGACAUAAACCAGAAUCCUGGGCCAUCACGACAAGGGAGGCAUCCACGUCGCCGCCCUAAUCCUUCAUUUGGGUACCCUCCUGGAUUUUUGUAGAAUGACAUUAUUGAAUGCAUUCGUCUGAAAAAAAAGUUUACCAGUGACAGUGUUUGGCACAUGCUUGAUAUUUCAUCAGUCAUCUGUGUGGAGCUGUGGGUAAUGAUAAAUCAUUACCAGUUCUGUUGGACAAUUGUCCGACAUUAGGGAUUUUAGCAGUGGUGAUGGCAAUACUGAGGAAUAAUGUAUGUAAGCAGGGCUGAGUUCCAAAUGGAAAUUUGUUUCUGUUCUCAGACCAAACAAAUUUUGGUUAUUUCACAUUGUUGUUUUGUACAG